GGGAUUUUGGAUGGCUAAAUAUUGUGUUGAUAUGAAGGGUUUUAAGUGUCCCUUUCUAUAAUUUCUCCAAAUUGUCAAAUUCCUGAAAUUGUUUCCCAAUUAAGAAGCCUAAUUUAAAGUUAUUGUUUGAAAUCGAAUGUGGGCAGCGGGCGGAGCGCCAGUAUGGCAUUUGAGCAUUCAGCAUAAGCGAAGUAUUGGAAGUUUUGUGCGUGCUGCUUAUAAUGUUGAGAAUCAAGAACUCAGCGAUGCCCGAAUCAUUUAUAGUGUUGCUCCAGCUAUGGGUCAUAACCAGGAAUCCCAUCCAGAAUCUCAUCUUAGAGUUCCUGCAAUUGUCACUGCACUUCAAAACAUGAACCUCACUUCAAAGUUUCGUUCUCCAGAGAUCAUUGAACUACAACAUUUUAAGCCUGCUUCUGCGGAUGACGUUGCAAGUGUUCAUGCCAAAGCUUAUGUUUCUGGCCUUGAGAAGAAUCAGAGCUCGUUGGCAAUGGAUAAAGCUUCACAAGAAGGCAUUAUUUUCAUCGAGGGUACUGGGCCAACCUAUGCUACUGCCACUACUUUUCAAGAGUCGCUUGUGGCAGCUGGAGCAGGACUAGCCUUGGUAGAUUCAGUGGUAGCAGCAUCAAACAACAGCCAGAAUCCACCAACUGGAUUUGCUCUUAUAAGGCCUCCAGGCCACCAUGCUAUUCCAAAAGGGCCUAUGGGCUUUUGUGUCUUUGGUAAUGUGGCCAUUGCAGCUCGCCAUGCUCAGCGUGUGCAUGGAUUGAAGAGAGUACUUAUUAUUGAUUUUGAUGUUCACCAUGGGAAUGGGACAAAUGAUGCAUUUUAUGAUGAUCCGGACAUUUUCUUCUUGUCAACUCACCAAGAUGGAAGUUAUCCGGGUACUGGUAAAAUUGACGAGGUAGGUGAAGGUGCUGGUGAGGGGUCGACACUAAAUCUGCCUCUACCAGGGGGCUCAGGUGACAUAGCUAUGAGGACUGUGUUUGAUGAAGUCAUUGUGCCCUGUGCUCAAAGAUUCAAACCAGAUAUAAUUCUAGUUUCAGCUGGGUACGACGGUCAUGUUCUGGAUCCGCUGGCUAGUCUGCAGCUUACAACAGGAACAUACUACAUGCUUGCAUCCAACAUUAAACAACUAGCCAAAGAACUGUGUGGUGGUCGUUGCGUAUUUUUCCUCGAAGGAGGAUACAAUCUUCAGUCUCUUUCAUAUUCUGUGGCAGAUUCUUUUCGAGCUUUCCUUGGGGAGCCAAGUUUGGCAUCUGAGUUUGAUAACCCUGCCAUUUUGUAUGAAGAACCUUCAACAAAGGUAAAGCAUGCAAUUGAGAAAGUUAAAUAUAUACAUUCUCUUUAAAUUCACAUCAUAAGCAGUAUCACUUGUACUUGAACUUCGUCUGUAUAGGCUACAUUAACAAGAAAUCCUUAAUAAAGUUCAAAGGAUAAUCUUGUAAUGCAUUGCUUUUGUAGAGAAAUGGAUGUCCUGUUAAUCAAAUCUGUCAAUGUUGAUCUAA